AUGGGUGACAUGGGCUCCACUCCCCGGGGAGACAUCCUCCCCGGGGACAUCAUCCCGAAGGAGGCCUGCAGAAAAGAGUUGUGCCCUGGUUCCGCCGUCUUCGGGGAGAAGACGCUGCUCGUGUUGAUAGGCGAGAGCAAAGUCUGCUGCUGGAGCUGCUGGUGCUGCUGUUGCUGCUGCUGGAGCUGCUGGUGCUGCUGUUGCUGCUGCUGGUGCUGA